AUGCUUUUUGUUGUUAAGAGAGAUCCUGUUUUCAAACGAAAGAAGGCUGUUUCUGAACGCGUAUCACCCGAAUAGAAAAGUAUUUCUCUGUUGUGAAUCUGAUAGAAUUGAUGGAUGACUAUCAAAUUUUUACUUACCUCAAGAAUGAAAGAAAUAAUCAUCCAGCUUCAUUCCAUGUUACUUCGCUUCGUUAAGUUCCCUUGACUCAGAGAUCUUAGAAGAUGAACACCCAAACAAUCAUAGAGGAAGGUGGGAAAAAGCCGAAGAGUGCGGAUAACAAAGAAUAAAUCAAAAAGAAAAAAAAGAGCUAUUUUUAAAUAAAAUUAGAAAGAUAUCAAAAAGAAGUGAAAGAAUAACAAACAAAAAGAAAAUAAGAGCUACUGACUAAAUCAAAAAAUCUCUUAAAGAAAGAUUUAGAGGACAUCUAGAAAAUGACUAGCAAAGGAGUCAGAGAGUUUGAGGAGAGAUGCAAGUUAUAUAGUAAAUAUUAUUCAGAAGAGUUGCUCACCCCAACUGGAGUGUAAUCUUAUUUUUUUACUUAGACAGAAGGCAAGAGGACAUGAAUCUACCUAUGUAUAAGUACUCAACAAUUGAAAAUUAAAACAAAUACAAAGUGUUGCUUAGAAAUGACCCAACUCCUCAACCAAAAUUUACAUCAGAGUCAGUAUUUGACUAAUACUAUGGUGAUCCUGAUAAAAUCAAGUAGAUAAGUUCAUAAUUGCACAAAUUAAAUAUCAAAGUAAACUACACAAUUUAAUUUAAUAGCUUAUAAAAAGGCCAAAUGUUUAAGAAAAUCAACUUUUUGAUGCCAUUAUAAAUAAUGAUAGUUUUACAGUUAAUAAGUUACUAAUGGAGAACAAAAGUUUAAUAAAUAUUAGAAACAGGGUAUUGCUUAACAUAAAUUUAUAGAUUUAAGAAACUCCAUUGCAUUUAGCAUGCAAAAGAAAUUUGAAGGAGAUUGUUGAAUUACUAUUAAGAUAUUAGGCAGAUGAAUCAUUAAAAGAUUUAUGGGGACAAACUCCGAGAUAACUGGCAUUGAAAUUAAGACAUUUAGAGAUUUUGAAGGUAUUAUCUUAUUUAUGAAUCCUUUAAUUACUCAUAAAAUAUAAAAUUUAUAAUUAAUUAUACAAUAUAUGGUAUGACUAUCUUAUAUAAAGAGGCUGCAUUACUAAAUUACUUUCAAGUAGCUCCAAUACUUCAUAUAUAUUUAGAUGGAUUGGAAACUAGGAAAGCAGCAAUAUUUAAUGAUUAAUAAUAAGGCUUAAUUGUAUUGCCUGUAUAUUAAGUAAAACUUACAUAUAACUACUGAGGAUAAUGAUGAUAUCUCAGGUGUGGUGGAUUUGAGGAUGGAUAAGAAUAAAAUGAUUGAUCAUUUGGGUAUCCGAAUUGAAUUGAUUGGGAGAAUAGGUAAUCUUGAUGAAAUUAUGUAGAAACCCUUAAUGAUUAAAAAAAAUAAUCAUCAGAAUUUAUAUCAUUAAUAAGAGAACUGGAUGCUUAAGGUAUAUUAACGGAGGAUAAAACCUACAAAUUCUCAUUUAACAAAUUUGAGAAGCAAUACGAAAGCUAUUAUGGCAAAUUGGUUAAAUUGAGGUAAGUUAGGUUAUAAUUGUAUUUAGUUAUUAUUUGCGUGCUACAUUGAAUAGAAAUUAUGGAUAAGUAAAAAAAGAAAUAGAAUUUGCAGUCUAAAUUGUAAAUAGAGAUGAAGUAAACCAACCUUAAUCUCCUUUAAAGCUAGUUUUAGGAGUGGACGAUUAUUUGCACUUAAUUUGUGUAUACUGUAAAUCGAGGUAUCACAUUUAAGAUGUUGUAAAAGGAAGGGUGAAGUUCUAUAUAGUCAAAAUAAAUAUAAAGUAAAUGGAAUUAGCUGUGGUUCGUUAAGAAUAGAUUGGUUAAGGUGCAACUCAAUAAACUCACAAUUAAACCCUGGCGAAGUACGAAAUGAUGGAUGGAUGCCCUGGAAUAGGAGAAGUUGUACCAAUACGUAUUUUAUUGAGUGGUAUUAAUCUGUCACCCAGUUUUAAAAAUGUGAGUGGCAAGUUUAGUGUGAAAUAUUUUUUCAAUUUGAUAUUAAUAGAUGAUGAUGAUAGAAGAUAUUUUAAAUAACAGGAGUUUACAGUUUAUAGAAAGAAAUGA